AGGUCCGGGGCGUGAGCGGAGGCCGGGAGUGCCCCGUGGGGAGCCAUGAGCGCAGGCAGCCUUUGCCCCGUCCCGGGCUGGCCUGAGACGUUCCUGGGCGCCAGGCCUCCGGCGUCCCGGCCGGCAGAGAGGAUGAGCGGCAAGGAGCCGUGCGAGAGCCGCGGCCCCAGCGGGCUGCCCGGUGCGGAGCCGGCCGAGGAGCUGGGGAGCCCCGGGCGGGAGCCCUGCGACAGCGCCGAGAUGCAGCUGAAGGUGGACUUCUUCCGCAAGCUGGGCUACUCCUCGGAGGAGAUCCACGUCGUGCUGCAGAAGCUGGGCCUGAACGCCGACACCAACACUGUGCUGGGGGAGCUGGUGAAGCACGGCCCGGCCGAGCGGGACAACAGCGAAGCCCCGGCGGAGGCCCCGGAGGCGCCGCUGGUCCCGCGGGGUGGAGCCGGCAACAAGAGCCCCGCGCCCGCCCCGGGCCUCGAGGAGGCCGAGAGCGAGAACCUGAAGCCCAUCGUGAUCGACGGCAGCAACGUGGCCAUGAGCCAUGGCAACAAAGAGGUCUUCUCCUGCCGAGGGAUCCUUCUGGCUGUGCAGUGGUUUUGGGACAGGGGACACAAGGAUAUCACAGUCUUUGUGCCAUCUUGGAGGAAGGAGCAGCCACGACCAGAUGUGCUAAUAACAGAUCAGUACAUUCUCCGUGACCUGGAGAAGAAGAAAAUCCUGGUCUUCACUCCUUCCAGGAGGGUUGGGGGCAAGCGUGUGGUCUGCUACGACGAUAGGUUCAUUGUGAAGCUGGCACACGAGUCCGACGGCAUCGUGGUGUCCAACGAUACCUACCGGGACCUGCAGAACGAGCGGCCCGAGUGGAAGAAGUUCAUUGAGGAGCGGCUGCUGAUGUACUCCUUUGUCAAUGACAAGUUUAUGCCUCCAGAUGAUCCCUUGGGGCGUCAUGGCCCCAGCCUGGAUAACUUCCUGAGAAAGAAACCUGUGGUGCCAGAACACAAGAAACAGCAGUGCCCUUAUGGGAAGAAAUGCACUUAUGGAAUUAAGUGUAAAUUCUACCACCCUGAAAGGAUCAAUCAGCCCCAGCGCUCCUUGGCUGAUGAACUCCGAGCCAAUGCAAGGCUGUCUCCAACUAGAAGUACCAGUGCCAAGGAGGAGAAAAAGGGCAAACGAGGUUCCCAGGCAGAGCUCUUGUGCUCCAUGCCCACAGAGAGCAAUAAAAGCUCUUUGCAGAAGGUCUCUGCAGAGAGGAAAAGCUUGACCCACAAAGCAAAGCCCAGUGAUGUCCUGCUUCAGGUCAAAGGUGGCUGCAUGUCAGGAAGCGUCCCUCCUAACAGUGGGAGCCACAGGUCCUCCGAGAGGUACCAGCAACCUCAUAUGGACUCUCUGUCUUACAUCUCGCAGGAGCAUCUUGACUCAGGCAUUGGAUCCCUGGAGACCCAACUGUCUGAUAUGUGGCCUUACAGAUCUCCCAGUCACUGUGAUCAUUCCCAUGCUGAUCCAGUAGCAGUCUGCAGCUGUGGGAGGCAGAGACCACUCUACGCACAUUCUCCCAGCUUAGAGCAAAACGGUCUGGUCUCCUACAAGCAUGCUGCCCAUAAAUCUUCUUCCUCUGGUGCUAGCUUCUUGCAGUACAGCCCUGAGAUCUCUCACUCGGGAGCACCUCACUCUUUCUCAGGCUAUGGAGUGCCUGUGCACCCAGCUAACCCUGGGCAGUACAGCCUGCCCGGCGAGUACAGCGCCCCUGCCCCCCAUUCUCGCGAGUACUGGUCGGAGCCGUACCAGCUGGCGGCAGCCGCCGCGAGACCCGGCAGCGUCCGCGACCCCCGAGCGGUGCAGAGAGCCCCGGGGCCGGCCUACGGGGACUGCGGCUCGCAGUGGGCAGCGCCCGAGCAGUUCGCGGAGGAGCGUGCCAACGUGCACGUCAAGCUCUGCGGCAUCUUCCACCCCCACCUGGUGGACGCUGUCAUGAGUCGCUUCCCUCGGCUGCUGGACCCCCAGAGGCUGGCUGCAGAGAUCCUCACCUACAAGUCCCAGAACCCCGGGGUGUGAGGCUGAUGCUGAGGGCAGCCCUGCAUGGGUGAAGCCUGAGGCCAGUGCCUGCACUCUGGAUGCCAUAGGUGCCUCUUGAGAGCCCCUCCUUAUUGCUUGGAAGUACAAGGCUCCAGCUGGGAGCUAGAUGGGUGUGCUGACAGCCAGCUCUGGGCUAGACAGUGCCCCUCUGAGAGGUGACAGCACCCUAGAGACCCUGGGUGCUGGAUGGAGGAGAGGCUGCAGCUUCAGAGCAGGACUUCUCCUUUGGGGUUGUGUGGUGAGUCAGGCACCCCCUAAACUCCUGUCCAGAGCUGGAGGUGGCCUCACUCCUCCCAUUAGCUUGUUUUGAGGAGGCUCAGUGUUGUCAGGCAUCUGGAAGGAGGACUUGGGGGGCUUGUGAAAGAUGAAGGGGUGCUACCUGUGCAGUGGCAUGGGGCCUGUGAGGACAAAUGCACUGUCAGGCCCUUAGCUCUCAGCUAAGCCUCUUCACUAAACCCUGCUGUGCAGAUGUGUGGAGAAUGUUGGAUUAUGAGUGUGGUGCGAACCUGAGUGACUUUAAUUUGGCUUUACUGGGGCACUUCUUUAAUGAUGCUUUUUGUACUCCUCCCACCUAAGCUUAUUCAAGAUGAGGUCAUUCUCCAGUUGGUACCACAAGUGUUCAGCAAGCUGCUCAGCUCCCAGAAAUGAGGAGCUGGGGGUGCAGUCCCUGCUGAGGAGGAGAGGCUGGGGCUGCUCCAAAGCUGCAGGCAGCAGUUUGGUGCCUGCAGGAAGCUGCACUGCCAGAGCAGGAGCGCUGAGCGUGCUGUGGGUGCUGCUCAGAUGCUGACCCUGCUUGUGGCCUGUCACAGCUGUCACUGUACAGCACUGACAGCACCUGUCAAUGUUGUGCCUUUUGUCUUCAGCCAGCAAUACUCAAGCAGCUGUGGUCACCUCUGGAGCUGCCCUGUGCUGUUCCUGGGGAUUCCUUCAGAUUUUUUUCCCCUCUAUGAAGCCGUUGCUUUAUCUCCCUUUGUACUGAGGUUUCCCUGUCCCCUCUCGGCUUUGUCAAACUAGAGCAGCAGCCAAAAGUGCAGAAUAAGGCUUCUUGGUAAGACUGUUCCCCUUUUGCUCUGUCAGAUGCUUUGGUUUGGUUUUUACUGUAGAUACUGUAACAGAGUUGUUUUUAAAUAUGCAAACCCAGUUGCUGUAGUAAUUGGUUCUGGUCCUGGCAUUUCACCGUGCUCACAAUGCAGACGAUGUUCCUUGCACUGGCAGGCCAGAAGCAGUUGAUUUGUUGAUACACAUUGUAUCUGUCUUGGGUUUUUUGUUAACGUUUAUUUUUUUAAAGUCCAUCUUGUGGUUAAACCAAGGUCGAGUGGCAAAUGGGGAAGGGGAGAGCAGAGCCCAGCUGCUCCCUGCAGCCGUCCUCGGCGGCAGCCUGUGGUCUCUCGCUGCCCUCCCUCUGCCCAAGGGGUGACCUCCCCACACUGGCACCAUGUGCCAUGAAAAACCACAGGGACACAGAAACCUGUAUGCCUGGUAAAUGAGGAUACAUUACAGCUUGGUAAUGUUUCAUGUUAGUAAGCAAAAUGCUUCUUAAUUUUAAGUAACCUGAUACUUUGCAUAUUUG